AUGAAGAACGUGUUAAAAUUUUUAAAACCGAUUAGUUUGGUGCACUUUGCGAAACGAUAUCGGCAUACAGCUCGUCUACCAUGCAAAGUCUGCGUUGUUGGUGCAAAUGGGGUAAUCGGACGUCAUUUGGCUACGUAUAUGAAAAUGAACUCAGGAGUUGUAAAUUUGACCCUUUAUGAUACUGAAGAGAUCGAAGGUAUACGUGAAGACAUAUCGCAUAUAGAUUACAAUCCCUGGGUAUUCGCUCACAGCGGUGAUAAAGAAUUGCAUAAUGCUGUAAGUUGCAGCGAAUUUGUGAUUGUGGUAUGUGGUUGUCGUAAACAAGAAGACGUGGACGAUCACAAAUUAUUUGAAGCUAACGCUCCUAUUGUUAUGAAAAUUAUGGAGGCCAUUAUGGAAACUAAUCAGAAACAGCCUUUCAUUCACAUUAUUACGGAACCGGUAAAUACUUUAGUUCCUUUGGCCGCAUUGGCUUUGCAAAAAUAUGAACAAUACGAUGAACGCAAAUUAUCUGGCAGCACGUCCAUAGAUUUAAUGCGGGCUCGCUUGAUGUACGCCGAGUUUUUGCAUGUGGACCCAUACAAAGUGCAAUUGCCCGUUAUAGGUGGUCGCUCUGAAAAAACUAUUAUACCUUUGUUAAGCGUACGUCAACCCUCGGAAAAUAUGACGAAAGAAGAACGUGACAAAUUUUUGAAACGUUUACGGACGGCUGACAUGGAUGUUAUGAAUGCGAAAUGUGGUGAGGCUUCCGCUCAAUUGUCGGUGGCUGUUGCCGCAUCAAGAUUCUGCUAUUCUGUUGUCGAGGCCAUCCGCAGGAAAAGUGUCAAGGAUGUGGCGUUUAUACCAUGUAAAGAAAUACGUGAAGAUGUCGAUUAUUUUUCUACAAGAUUUCUGUUGGAAGAAAACGGGGUUCAAGAAAUAUAUCCGUUGCCUAAUAUUGAUGGGGAGGAGGAAGCGUUACUUGAAAUAGCCAUUAAGGAGAUUGAAGCGGCUUGUAAAAUGGCUAAGGAUUACUAUGCAAAGCAUGGAAAAGGUGAAGUCAAAAAGGAAGAUUGUCAGGAAGAAAAGGAUAUACAAAAUAGUAAACAACGUUUUUAUGGUUAA